AUGGAUAAUCAUUCCUCCGCAUCUUGUUUUCUAUUUGAAAAUACAAAUGGUUCAUAUUCCAAUGAUGUAUCGAUAAUGACAAUGAUUGAAGAAAAUAAUGGUAAUUCAUCUUUAUCAUCAUCUUCUCAACAACAGCAAUCACAAAAUCCAUAUCCUUGUACAAUAUUUUAUUGUCGACCAAAUUCACAUCCAUUUCAAGAGAGACGUAUACCAUUAACAGAACCGGUUAAAGUUGGUCGAGCUGUGGCUCGUUUAAAAGCAUUACAAAAUAAUGCCAUAUUUGAUUGUAAAGUAUUAUCGAGACAACAUGCAAAAUUAUGGUAUGAAAAUGGAAAAUUUUAUCUACAAGAUACUAAAAGUUCAAAUGGAACAUUUGUGAAUAAUCAACGUUUAGGAAAAUGCAACGAAGAAAGUUUACCAUUUGAAAUAUUUAGCGGUGAUAUUGUUCAAUUUGGCGUAGAUGUUACAGAAAACAAUAGAAAAACUACCCAUAAUUGUAUAAUUAUCGAAGCUAAACUAUAUAACAGUGAUGGCAGUGAAGCCUUACCUCGCAGUUCGAGUCAUCCGUUAACUCAGUUAAAAGAUUUAGAUGUGAAUACUCGAAGUUUAUAUGAACUAGCUCAAUAUCUUCAAGAAGCUCUUCAACGUGAACAACAACUUGAACAAAAAUUAACUUAUUUACAAAAUGUACUACAAGAUACACAAAAAGCAUCCAAUGAUGGGUGGCAGGCAAUUAUUGAUGAAGAUCGUCUAUUGGCAAGAAUAAACGCACUUGAAGAUCAAAUACGUGCAUACCAUGUGAAACAUCCAAAUGAAGAUACGGUGAAACAAGAAAUUGUUCAGCUAACACAAACACGAAUGAAAUAUGAAGAAGAAUCAAAAAUUAAACUUGAACGAGCAUUGCUAGAGAAAACGGAUGCUGUUAGUCGUGUACGAAAUUUAGAAUGUACAGUACAAUUAGCUCAAGAUGAAUUAAAACGUAUAGAAGAACAAAAUGAACAACAAAAACAAGAAAUUCAUCAUUUAGUUAAUCAAAUUGAUGAGCAACGGGCUCUUCUUAUUGAUUUUGAGCAAAAAUUAAAAGAAUCGCAAACACGAUGUGCCGAACUUGACUAUGAGCGUAAUCGCAUUGAAGCUGAUUUUCAAGAAUAUUUUCUUCGUACACAAAAACUUGAAGAACUACAACAACAACAACAGAAAAUAAUGAAUAAUAAUAAUAAUAAUAUAGAUAAUGAACAAAAUGGAUUAAACAUUAUUGAGACAAGAGGUCGAUUUCGAGUUCAUUCAUCUUCGAAAGAUGAAUAUCAAAAACAACAAACCGAUACACCAAUGGAUAAUAAUAUCGAUUACGAUAAGAAUGACGAUGAUAGUGUUAUCGUGAAACAGAAUGAUGAAGAAGAAAAGUUCAACGAAAAUGGAAACAAUAAUUCAUCAUCAAUUAUCAAAGUUGAUACAUUGAUCAAUGAAAAUGGCAACGAGGACGAAGAUGAGAGUGCAGACGGAGAUGAACAAGAAAAUGAUUUAGAUAAUGUGAUACAAAACUGGUACAAUUUUGAAAAUGAAGAACAAACUUCAGUUAUAGAUAAACAACAAUCUUUUCUAUCUCAGCCUGAAAACAAGUCGUUAUUUACUGGAAAAGAAGAUAAACAUCAGUCAUUGAACAAUCAUGAGGAUACUUCUGAACAAAAUGAACAUAAAGGAACAAACACUAACGAAAUAAAAUUCAUUCAUUCCGCACCAUCUGCAUCUAUUCCUUCUAUAUCUUCUUCUUCAACGACCAUAUCGUCUGAUGACGAAACCAAAUCACUUGAAAAUACUAAUGACGAAUUAAAUGUCAGAUUAGCUCUGAAAGAAAGAGAAUGUGCACAAUAUAAAUAUUUGUUGGAAAAUGAGGAAAAAGCAUCUGCAUUAAUUCGUCAACAACUUAAUGAAACAAAAGAACGUCUUAACAGUAUGGAAGAACAAUAUCGUUCUGAACACAACCGAUGGGAGGUUGUAACGCGAGAAUCUUCGAUGUUACGUAUACAAUUUCAGCUAUUAAAAGAACAAUAUGAUCAAUUAUUAAAACAAAAACCGGAGGAUAAUAGAUUAAACAUUACUACUGAACCUCUCCUAGUAACAAAACAAAAAGAAUUAAAUGAUUUAAAUGAAACAAUUUUGACAAAACAAAAUGAAUUCGAUAAAUUAAAUUCGGAUAUUGAACAUUUAAAAGUUAUCUGGUGCUCAUUGAGUGACGAUUUAAAAUUAUCAACGCAGAGCGCUAUACAAUUAUCGUCCGUAUUGCCAAACGGUGCUUAUCCACCAUCUCUGCCAUCUUUAAAAACAUCAUCACCACCACAUAUAAAUACAAAUGGAUUUUCUUCUUUAUCAUCAAAAAUUUCUACUAGUUCAGAAUCAGAAACAAACGAAAAUCAAAUGAAUGAUUUUGUACAAUUGAGAGAUGAAUGUGCACAAUUAAAAAAUCGAAUUGUUAGAAUAGAGAAUGAUAUGAAAUGUUCUCGGCAAGAAAAUUUACAAUUAUCAUCGGAAUACAAUCGACUACAAGAUACCUAUGAAGAAUUACAGACGCUCAAAAAUGCGCUUGAAUCAAGCGAAAUGAAAAUCAAACAUAAUCUAACCGAUGCACAAAAAGAAGUUGAUCAAUAUCAUGAUAAGCUUGAAGAGGCCCGAAAUUAUAUUCAAAAACUCGAAAAUCAUUGUGCUGAACUACAAAAAGUACUUGAAGAAACAGUGAAUGAAUAUGAUGAACUUUUAAUUCGAACAAAAACGGUUUCUGUUUGCUCAAUAAUACCUGUUGGAAUACUAGUAGUCGCCUUUGUUGCCGCAUUUUAUCCAAUAUUAUCUAAAAUAACUGCCACAUAUUAA